UGCAUGGGCGUCCACAGAGGGGGGCAAGAGGGGUCAGUGCCCCCCCCUGGGACCAGCAGACUGACCAUCUGUUUAUUCGGGCAUUUUGUAAUGUGGGCCGCUCCUGAUCUAUAAUGUUCAUUUCAAACUGUGGGCUCUAGGACCGCUCCUCCGUCCCAGCUCCCACUGUGGCUCCGCCCCUUCCACUCGUCUCCGUUCUCAUGCUGUGCUGUGUGCAGGCCUGCCUGCCUGCCUGCCAUCAGGGGGGAACAAGGAAGAAAGUUUUGGGCCAGGCAGGAUUUAGGCUCAAAGGGGGAUUAGCCAGCCCCCCUUACGAGCGUGGACAUCACUGAUGCCGAAGACGGAAGUACAGGAACUGAUGUGAAUCAAUGUUGAUGAAGCGGUAGCAUUUGUAACCAAGAAAGGGUUUUAGUGAAAUCACCAUGGGGACAGCCUCUUCUCUGGUUAACGCAGGAGAAGUCAUUGAAGAUACGUACGGUGGAGGAGGAGGAGAAGACUGCGUGAUUCCGGUAGAAGUGAAACCCAAAGCACGUUUACUACGCAGUUCUUUUAGGCGUGGGCCUAGAGUUAUUGGAGCCAGCUUUAAGUCCACAGCCUCAGUGGACCUGGAAUAUGCUGCUGAAUAUGAAAGGCUAAAAAAAGAAUAUGAGAUAUUCCGGGUCAGCAAGAACAACGAGGUUGCCUCUAUGCAAAAGAAGGAGAUAAAACUGGAUGAGGAGAACAAGAGGUUAAGAGCCGAGUUACAGGCAUUGCAAAAAACCUACCAAAAAAUUCUGAGAGAGAAAGAAAGUGCAGUUGAAGCAAAAUACCAAGCAAUGGAAAGGGCUGCUACUUUUGAACAUGAUAGAGACAAAGUGAAGAGACAGUUUAAGAUCUUUAGGGAAACAAAAGAAAAAGAGAUCCAGGAUUUGCUACGAGCCAAACGUGACCUGGAAGCCAAGUUACAAAGACUGCAGGCCCAGGGUAUCCAGGUUUUUGAUCCAGGAGAGUCUGAUUCAGAUGAUAAUGGUACAGAAGUAACUGUUCCUAGCACACAGUGUGAAUACUGGACAAGUGGAGCUCUGGGAAGUGACCCUUCUAUGGGUAGCAUGAUGCAGCUUCAGCAAUCUUUCCGUGGCCCUGAGUUUGCACAUAGUUCUAUUGAUGUUGAAGGGCCAUUUGCCAAUGUGAACAGAGAUGACUGGGAUGCAGCUGUUGCCAGCCUUCUUCAAGUUACGCCUCUCUUCUCUCAGUCUCUGUGGAGUAACACUGUGCGAUGCUACUUGAUGAGCACUGCAGAAACUCAAGCUGAAGUCGAAAUCUUCCUGAGGGAUUAUUCUCCAAAGCUUCAGAGAAUGUGUGAGACCUCGGGUUAUUUCUUUCAAAUGGUCUUUUUCCCUGAAGAAUGUGAAAGCCAACACUUUGCUGUACGAAAGUGGGAAAUUGAAAAAAGUUCAAUAGUCAUUUUAUUCAUAUGCUCAUCCUUGCCCAGCUGUCUGCAGGAGGACUGUGAGGAAGCAUUCCUAAAGAACAAUGAAGCAAAACCUCGUUUAAUAUAUCACAGUAUUGAAGAUGGUAGGUCUGACUCGGAUGGCUUGAAACAGCUGCUGGAACAAGACACUAAUAAAGCCAACAAAACAAAGGUUGUUGAUCACUGUGGAGAUCCAGUGGAAGGAGCAUAUAAGCUAUAUUGUCAUCUUGAGCAAGUUAUCAAACAGGAUUUAUUAGGUAUUGAGAUAUCUGAUCCCGAUGCAAAGGAUGAGUCUGCAACUAUGGAAGAUGACGACUAUGGGGAUGUACUGUGGGAUGUUCAUGAUGAGCAGGAACAGAUGGAGGCUUACCAGCAGGCAUCUCAGUCUAUAUGUGAACUUGGCUUUCAAAAAUAUUAUGAUCGCUUGAAUGACUUAGUGGCUGCACCUGCACCUAUUCCCCCACUGCUUAUAUCUGGAGGACCGGGAUCAGGCAAAUCAUUAUUGCUAUCAAAAUGGAUUCAGCUUCAGCAGAAACAUUCUCCAAACACUUUGAUGUUGUAUCAUUUUGUCGGAAGACCAUUGUCAAGCAGCUCAGAACCAUCAUUAAUCAUAAAAAGGCUGACUCUUAAGCUAAUGCAGCACUCCUGGUCCGUAUCAUCAUUAUCUAUGGACCCUGGAAAGUUUCUUGAAGAGUUUCCUCACUGGCUUGAAAAGCUAUCUAUCCGAUACCAAGGGAACAUUAUCAUUAUUAUUGACUCCAUUGAUCACAUACAGCAAUCUGAGAAACAUAUGAAGUGGCUGAUUGAUCCUUUACCAGUGAAUGUUCGGGUCAUUGUUUCUGUGAAUGUUGAAACCUGCCCCCAGGCAUGGAGGCUUUGGCCGACUCUUCAUCUUGAUCCACUGAAUUCAAAAGAUGUUAAAGCCCUUAUUAAUAUGGAGUGUGGUGGAGCAAAUAUCUUACUAACCAAAGAGCAGGAAAGAAAACUAGAGAGACACUGUCGAUCAGCCACAACUUGUAACGCUUUAUAUGUAACACUGAUAACAAAACUACUUACCUGGGCUGGGAGCACUGGCAAAAUUGAGGAUGUUCUACAGCAAUGCUUACAGUGCCAGGAUACAGUUUCUCUAUACAGGCUGGUACUGCGCUCUGUGCAAGAGGUUAUGCCAAGUGCAAAAGAAAAGGAGUUUAUGAGGGAGAUUCUUUGCUUUAUCAGUGUGAGCCAUAAUGGGGUUAGUGAAUGUGAGCUGAUGGAACUCUGCCCAGGUCUCACAUGGGAAGUCUUAACAUCUUUGAUAUAUCAUCUGUAUACACUGGUUCUUUUGAAAUACACCUGUGGGCUGCUCCAGUUUCAACACCUACAGGCAUGGGAUGCUGUGAAUCUGGAAUAUAUGCAAGGGGGUCAGAAUAUUAUUUCUGAGUACAGAGAGAAAAUAAUAAAGCAUUUUACUACACAACUAAGUCAUGACAGGGUGACAUGGAGAAGUGCUGAUGAGCUCACUUGGCUCUUUCAGCAACAAGGAGAAAAGCAGAAACUGCACAAAUGCCUCAUGAACCUCUUUGUCUCUCAGAACCUCUACAAAAGAGGGCAUUUUGCAGAACUUCUCAGCUAUUGGCAACUUGUGGGGAAAGAUAAAAUCUCAAUGGCCUCUGAAUACUUUGAUGCAUUAAAGCAGUAUGAGAAAAACUGUGAAGGAGAGGAGAAGAUGACCAGCCUGGCAGAUCUUUAUGAAACACUGGGACGAUUUCUGAAAGACUUAGGCCUCCUAAGCCAGGCAGUGACUCCUCUUCAGAGGUCAUUAGAGAUCCGAGAGACUGCUUUGGAUCCAGACCACCCUAGCGUAGCCCAGUCUCUGCACCAGCUAGCUGGAGUUUAUAUGCAGUCAAAGAAAUUUGGAAAUGCUGAGCAACUCUACAAACAGGCACUAGAAAUAAGUGAAAAUGCUUAUGGCAGUGAACACUUGAGAGUAGCAAGGGAGCUUGAUGCACUGGCUGUACUGUAUCAGAAACAAAACAAAUUUGAACAAGCAGAGCAGCUACGGAAAAAGUCACUGAAAAUUCGACAAAAGUCUGCAAGAAGGAAAGGCAGUAUGUAUGGUUUUGCUUUGUUACGGCGCCGUGCUCUACAGCUGGAGGAACUUACACUGGGCAAAGACACAUCUGAUAAUGCUCGGACCCUGAAUGAACUUGGGGUGCUUUACUAUUUACAGAAUAAUCUUGAAACAGCUGAAACUUUUCUUAAGCGCUCACUGGAAAUGAGAGAGCGGGUACUUGGUGCAGAUCACCCCGACUGUGCUCAGUCUAUAAAUAACCUAGCUGCAUUAUACAACGAAAAGAAGCAAUAUGACAAGGCCGAAGAGCUGUAUGAAAGGGCUUUAGACAUUCGUAGGAGAGCGCUGUCUCCUGACCACCCUUCCCUGGCAUAUACAGUUAAACACCUAGCUGUUCUUUAUAAAAGAAAAGGUAAGCUUGAUAAAGCUGUGCCUCUUUAUGAGCUGGCUGUGGAUAUUCGCCAGAAGUCUUUUGGACCCAAACAUCCAAGUGUUGCUACUGCUCUGGUGAACCUUGCAGUACUAUACUGUCAAAUGAAAAAACAAGAUGACGCCUUACCACUGUAUGAGAGAGCAAUGAAGAUUUAUGAAGAUAGUUUGGGUCGAAUGCAUCCGAGAGUUGGAGAGACACUAAAGAAUUUAGCUGUGCUAAGAUACGAAGAGGGUGACUAUGAAAAGGCAGCAGAGCUAUAUAAACGAGCAAUGGAAAUCAAAGAGACUGAAACAUCGGUCUUGGGAGCAAAAGCCCCUUCAGGACAUUCUUCAAGUGGGGGAGACACCUACAGUGUCCAGAACACAUUACCAGUCAGUGUAUUCCCUGAGUAGGAGAAGAGAAGCCAACUUUUAUGACCACCAUGACUGCCUUUGAAGAGGAAGAGUGUACAAAUGAUUCAAAGUAGAGCCUGUUUAGAGACCUCAAAUGCAAUUACACAAAUUUAAACACAAAGCUAAUUUAAUGGGCAUUGCCUAAAAUGUUUUUCUGACAUGAAGAGUGCAAUAAAAUGCAGAAACGGCAGGACGAGAAUCAGCCCCUAUGUUGCCAUCUGCAUCAUUUUUUUUGCCUUCAACCAGGACCAUUGCCUCAGCCCUGGUGCAGCUGAUUUUGGUGGCAAAAUCCACUGCGUGUGCCAACACAAUAAUUAGACUGAUUCUCAACCUGUGUUUUUCCAUAGGACGGGAUCAGCCUCCAAUCGAGUGCUAUGCCCAAGCUCCGGGAGAGAGCUCCUUGUAUGGAUAGCCAUGUUGGGGUACAGGUAUGUAUAUAGUGAACAAAUGCCUUAGUUCACUCGACAGGUGCAUGCUUGUGACUUAGAUUGGUCAGCGUGUUCUCACUUAAUGAGUGAGCUGGAGCACUCGCUCACUAUACGCAUGCCUUUGCCCAAUUGUUUUGGAGAUAGGUGCCCAUUAAAGGUAAACUAUCUAAAUGUUGAGACAUAAAAAGCAACAAACAACAGCCUUGACUUUGGAGGAAACAAAAGCACAGUAGUUUAUGACUGGUUUCACUCAGGACUGAUCAAAUGCCUUAGCUGCGUUGCAAGUAUUAAACAUGUUAAAGUGUCA